GUCUCGUGGUAAAUGGGGACUAAAUCAAGGUGGGACUGUUUGGGGCGUGUGGGAAGCUUCCUGUUUUGAAAAUUAAACAACUAGUGUCAUUAGUUCAGCGCUCAGUGGGAUAUUGCAUCAACUUCUUUCGCUUUAGAGGUGUAAACGGUGGAGGAGCCAUGCCUUUCCUCCAUGGGUUCCGACGGAUCAUCUAUGAGUAUCAGCCGCUGGUAAACGCUGUUAUGCGUGUGGUUGGGAUAGAAGAAGAAGAGAGCAAUAAUGAAAACAGUCCCAAGGAAGAGUCCAGUCGGUGUAGCUCUUUGGUGGAGCUGCUGGAGCAAGAGUCCCAGUCUGAGGUGUUCCUGGAAGGCAUCAGCUACGCCCUGUUUAAAGUGGCAGAGAGGGGACUGGUGUAUGCAGCCAAAAUCCUCCUACGAUAUGGAGCUGAUAUCAAUUUUGAAGAUCCUGUGUCAUACUACAAUCCUCUACAUAUAGCCGUUUUAAGGAACAGGCCAAACAUGGUGAGGCUGCUGGUUGGACAUGGAGCGGACAUUGAAAAGAGGGACAGGAUCCACGAGAGCAGUCCCUUGGACCUUGCGAGUGAAGAGUCAGAGCGACUGCCUUGCCUGAUCACAUUGCUGGACCUUGCUGCGGAUGUCAAUUCCAGGGACAAACAUGGGAAAACGCCUUUGCUCCACGCAUUAGCAAGCAGCGAUGGACUGACCGUGCACAACACAGAGAACAUCCGGCUUUUGCUGGAGAGAGGGGCCGACGUCAACGCUGCCACUGUGGACGGCGAAACGGUGGAGUCGUCUUUGGUGUUCCUGGUGAAGGAGGCUCUGGACGCCAGCGCGGAGGAUGCCGCCGAGAUCGGUAAAUUCUGCCUCAAAGCCACGCAGCUCCUACUGUCCCACGGCGUGGACCCCAGCUGCUGCGUGAACGAGGACGGCGAUUCCUCGCUGACGCAGACGAGCCUGGAGCACUUCGACUUGCUCUUUCCUCUGGCCGUGCUCCUGAUCCAGAGCGGAGCCUCUCUGGUCUGCUCCCACCACAGUUCCUCCUGUUGGUCGGGUUACAGCCUCCUCUUCCAGAGGCUUCAAACCGCCCUGCUGCGCUGCACCGAUCAGAGUCACGCCGCUGACCUCUUGGAGCAAGCGGAGAUGUUGCUGGACUUGGCGAGGGUAAAUGUCCCAACGCUGAAUCUGCCUUCCAGGGUGGAGCUCCCUGUGGCCAACCUGGACUCUCACCCGUACGCUCAGGCUCUAAUAGGCCUACACAACCGCGUAGUGGAGCGUGAAGGAAGCCCCCCGCCUCUUCGUUGCCUUUGUAGGGCAUUUAUAAGGAGCUUCCUACAGCCCUGGCCACUGGAGGACAGAGUAAAAGCAUUGCCUUUACCAGACAGACUGAAAGAGUUUCUGCUUCCGGAGCUCACCUACACCCCAAAGGCUGGCUGGGCCUGCUUCAAACCCCAACACACUCAGGAUUAAUAGAAACCAAUUACCCUGAAAUGACAUUGUACAUUUAGCUGUUCUAUUUGCAAAUUAGACAAAAGUGACAAAACCUUCAUGCCUUUUUUUUUCUAAAUUAUUUUUUCUUUUCCCUGCGCCCCCCAUCCCCCUUUUCUUUUUUACUUUGAAAUACAAAUAUUCUUACGUUUUUUUUGUUGUUGUUUGUACAGCUAAAUGUAAAUAAUUAGAAAUGCUGCAGUACAAAAUGUAACCACGUGAUAGCAGUGUUGAAUCACAGCAGCACACUCAAUGAUCUAAGAUUUUUUUUUUUCUUUGUCCGUUAAACUUGUUCCAUUUGAGUAGGAUCCAUCUAUAGCUUACGGCCUUUUUGUGGUGAUGCUGUGUUGUGUAAUUUAUGUACGUUUUUCCAUAACAUAUUGGAAUAAAAAAAAAAAAUUGAACACUU